AUGUCAUCUGGACAAGUCCCCUCAACCAUCCGGGCCGACUGCCCCAACUGUUUCCUGGCCAUUAUCAUAGCAAUGUGGCUGGAGGCUUCAAUCGCCACCAUAGCCAACACCCUAGCCGUCAUGGCUUUCUUUAUGUCCAAGAAAAUCCGCAAGAAAGUGUCCAACUACUUCAUCCUGAACCUCUCUGUAGCUGACCUACUAGUUGGUGCAGUCGUGAUGCCCAUCAAUAACGUUUCUGUGUACUACGGCUACUGGCCAUUCGGUAAGGUCGUCUGUAAGAUCUGGUUACUCCUGGUGUUCGCCUGUACAGUCCUGUCCAGCUUCGCCUUGGUGCUCAUUAGCUGGGACCGCUAUCUGUGGGUGAGAGCCCCGUUAGUUUACAUCCACAACCAAUCAAAGAAGCGCGCACUAGCUGUUAUAGCUGGUACGAUUUUCACCACAUAUACCUUCGUGUCUGUAAUAGAUGUCGGUUGGGAGGUGUUUUCUGGGGAGCAGCAGGUGAACUACUCGACCACAUGUGAGUCGGAAGGGAUAUUCUCUAUACCAUAUGCCUUUAUAACAUUUGCCUUUGAGUUUGUCCUUCCAGCUGGGUUGCUUGCGACAUUUAACAUACAUGUGUUCAUCAAAAUCAGAAAGAUGCUGCUACAGCGUCAACGCACUGAAUCAGGGACGAUAUCAAUCGAAUGCAGGAACAACAGCAAGAGAGACAAGACAACAUCAGAUGCUGACCUGAGGGACUCCAGCCUUCGUCAGCCAACCUCAAACGGCGCUGCCUCACCAAGGCAGCCCGGUCCGCAAGCCUACCGCAAGUCAGCCAUCAUGCUCGGCCUAAUGACUGGGGCAUUCAUCAUAUGUUGGUGCCCCUGGUUUAUCAUUAUAUUUAUAAACGCCCUCAAUGGUGGGGACUAUGUCAGCUUUGACUUGCUGUGGUCAAUGUCAUAUCUUUUGUUUGCAAACUCAGCGAUUAACCCAUUCCUUUAUGCUUCAACUAACGUUCAUUACAAAGCACAGAUGCUAUCACUUCUUUGCUUUUUCCGCCGAAGGUAGCAACAACUUUUGCUGGAUAUAUUGUUUGACAUGAUUUGUAUGGCAGCAAGCAGUGUUGUAGUGCCUUGAUGCCACGCAAAAUUGUAUGAACUUGGCCAUGAAGCCACAAUCUUUGUAGUUGCCUUAACCAAGGGGGACCAGUUUCUUGGAACUUAUCUCAUUGUGUUCAAAACUUCUUUUUAUUUAGUUGUCAUUUUUUUUCUUCACGUUUAAACACGAUUUUUUUAUCACA